UGACGCAUUUCAGUCCAGGAAAUAGAGAGGUUUGUUUUGUUCAUGUGUGGAGAGGUGGCUGCAGUCAGUGAUGAUUUUACAACACGCUGUCUCUUGCUGUUUAAAGGAUUUAGGCUGGGAUGAAAUGUUUUCUAAUAAUUAGUGAUUUUUGUGUUUGUUUAUCACCUGCACGGAGUUCCUGGAAAAGGAAAGCAUCCCUUUUCUGUGUUGAAUUUCACACACAGAGCGGAGCGCGUCAGUCGCAGCUACAGACAAGUCGAGCUUUUCAAUGAGAUGAUUUACUGAGAAACAAACGCGUUGAAGCUCCAGCAGAGCUCUGCGCGACUCUGAAAGACCAAAGGAAAGUUACUCCUUGCAAAGCCUGUUGUUUGUGAUCUUUCUUUAUCACACUAGAAGAAGUGAUGAAUAUAUUUGAAUGGGAAGGCUACAGUAAAAAAUAAAUAUUAGUAAAUAAUAUGAAAAGAGGAUUCCGCUACUAGACCAGUCUGAAACUCAAACCAGUGAAGAUGGACGGCAGCGUGUCCGUGUCGCUCUUUCAAGACGAUCUCGCCUCUACCAUCGAGCACGCAGUGAAAUCGGCUGUAGACACCGUCUUGUGUGCGAUUACUAAAGUUGUCGGCAGCAAAUUCACUGAAUUCAGAGUGGAAAUGGCUGGAAAGGAGAAAGAGAAUGAAAGUCUGAAGCUGAGAUUGGAAAUAUCAGAGAGCGAGCUGAAAGCUCUGCGAGGGUGUAUAAACGCUGCAGAUGCAGAUAUUAAACAGCAUUUAAUAUUUCAAGAUCCCAAAGAGACCCACGCUAACUCUGAAUCUGAAGCACAGGAGGGGCCAAAGAUAGAAGCAGUUUACACACAAGAGGAGUCCUUUGAGCAGGAGUGGUGUGCAAGUCUAAUGCAGGUUACAGAGCUGGCAUGUGUUAAAGAUGAAGAGGUCCCUCAACAGGAAUGUGUUCCUAUUAAAGAGGAGUUCAUAGAGCAGGAAUGUGUCCCCAUCGCAGAGGAACUUCCUCAUGAAAAUCAUGUCUGUACACUUGAGGAGAACAACAAGCUGGGAUCCAACCUGUGUGAUGACUCUCCAUCUGAAUGUGAACUGGGAUUCAGAGCUUCUAAAGUAGAUGAAGGAGAACACGACUCCACUCUAUCACCCCAGUGCAAAAACUCUCCUAGAGGCAAACCACAGUGCAAGAAACACAGAGAAACGACACCCCAAGAAGAGUAUGUGAAGACAUUGAGAACUCACUCAGUUACAAUCCCUUCUUUACAAGACAGACACCCACUUACUGUGGAGAGUACAGAGACGCCACAUUCUGUGUGUUUUAACAAUUCUGAAACCCAGGGCAGCUUGAAGACCUUGCCUCAUUCUAUUAAAGCUUCUAAAGUAGAUGAAGGAGAACACGACUCCACUCCAUCACCCCAGUGCAAAAACUCUUCUAGAGGCAAACCACAGUGCAAGAAGCACAGAGAAACGACACCCCAAGAAGAGUAUGUGAAGACAUUGAGAACUCACUCAGUUAAAAUCCCUUCCUUACAAGACAGACACCCACUUAAUGUGGAGAGUACAGAGACGGCACAUUCUGCAUGUUUUAACAAUUCUGAAACCCAGGGCACCUUGAAGACUUUGCCUCAUUCGAUUAAAGGUGGGAAGAGUUCCUGUCAAUUAGACGCUCCUGAAACUCACAAGGGAAAUCCCACAGGAGGGACUGCGUUUUCCUGGGCUGAUUGUAGGAAGAGUUUCAAUCAUAUAUCACUCCUUCAAAGACACCCGCGCAUACACACAGGAGAGAAACCUUCCCACACACAGUACAGUGAUAAGAGUUUCACACAGUUAGGAAAUCUUCAUUCACACCAGCACAUUCACAUAAGAGAGAAACUUUAUCACUGUUCUGUUUGUGGGAAGAGAUUCAAUCACUCAGGAAACCUUAAAAUCCACCAGUGCAUUCACACAGGAGAGAAACCUUAUCACUGUUCUCUUUGUGGAAAGCGAUUCAGUCAGGUAGGAGACCUUAAAAAACACAAGCGCAUUCACACAGGAGAGAAACCUUAUCACUGUUCUGUUUGUGGGAAGAGAUUCAGCCAGUUAGGAAACCUUAAAAGACACCAUAACAUUCACACAGGUGUGUAAUCCUAUCCCUGCAUUUAAUGUGCGAAGAAGUGAAGUCAGUUGCAGGCUCUUGCAGGACUCGAGAACAUUCUCAGAGUUGCAGACACUUGGGGACACCUAAACAACAGGAGUGCCUUUGACUAAAUACAGAAAUAUUUACUGAAAACAAAAGAAUAAACUUGCUUGAUAAAUAGGGUCAGCCCUGAUCACAAUUUGUUCAGAUCAAAAACUCACCCAAAUAUGAACGACUAACAUAUUUUAUUCAAUAUCUUGUUGAGCAUUCAGAUUUUGUUACAUCACAUUAGUAAUAUUUAAAUAGACUGUUAUUAUGAGUGCAAGUUUCUCUUUUUUACUCCUGCAUUGCUCAGCCUCUUGCAGUGUGUUGGGUGGAAAAUUCCCUGAUACCAUGGUGAAUCUCCGGCACCUCAACCUGCAGCACAGUAUACUGCAGUUAUCAUGCAAGCAGCCUGAAGUGUAAAACCAAUACUGCUUCCAGCAGGGUGCACCAGAGAGCCUUUUCAUUUAAUAAAUAUGCGCUCCAGUGCUUCAACCUCAGUACUUGUGUGUGUGUCAACUUCCUGGACUGGGGACGUGUGACAGAAAUAGAAUGAUUCUUGGUGGUAAAUCUCCCUCCCGACCUGUGAAGGCGCUAAUUACAGGGAACAGAGUAUUAUUAUUAUUAUUAUUAUUUGUUUAUUUAGCAGACGCCUUUAUCCAAGGCGACUUACAGAGACUAGGGUGUGUGAACUAUGCAUCAGUUACAGAGUCACUUACAAUUACGUCUCACCCGAAAGACGGAGCACAAGGAGGUGAAGUGACUUGCUCAGGGUCACGCAAUGAGUCAGUGGCUGAGGUGGGAUUUGAACCGGGGACCUCCUGGUUACAAGCCCUUUUCUUUAACCACUGGACCACACAGCCUCCUAUGUACCCAGAGUACCCUGGACUGACAAUUCAUUCCCAGGGAUAAAGGGAAGUCAUCAUCUAGAAAGGGGGUGGAACUCCGGUGCACUAACUCAUCGACCCGAAAGGGAAACGAUGUGGCAGCUGCAGAUUGGAGGGACGGUUGCAAUCGUUUAUCAAGGGGUCACGAGUGACGGUACAAAUAGGGGACGGAGCGACAUUAAUGGUUAAUGGUUAAGGAAUGACUCGGAAGGGCCAGUAUUGUGUUUAUCAUACCGUGAGUGUUUUGUUUGUUUGUCUCUAAUUGUUACUUUUUGCUAUUAUUAGUAGACAGCUAACACGUUCCGGAGCUGUCGCCAGAGGCCAGCAUUAACCCGGACAUCACUGCACCUGUAUCACGAUAACUUGUAUUUGCGCCACAAGCACUACAGCACUCACCCAGGACUGGUGACCGUGUUUGUAUAUUGUGGAUGUAACUGUGUUUAUUAUUUGGGACUGCAAACCCGUUUUAUAGAACAGUGCCGUACACAUUGCUGUGUAUUGCCUGGGAUUAUUGUUUUGGUCACCAGACCUGGAUUAAAAAUUAAAUCUCUUUCUGAUUGGAUUAUCACUGUCUGUCUCUUCAUUGCGCACUGCAUUACUCCUACACCUGUACCCUGUGAACCACUUUGCCACACGUGGUGUCAGACCAACGGGAUUAUGGAUCGCACUGAACUAGCAGAGCUGCUGAAGGCGCUGGACAGUAGACGAGAGGCCAAGGAGAGAGGAGCGGUACCCAGCGCUCAUUGAGAGGGUAGGUCUGGCAAUAACGGCACGCCCUUCAAUAGCACCUGUGAUGGUGCCGAAGGCACGGGCGUUGAAGAUGACGACGGAGGAUGACCUGGAAUCAUACCUGGUCGCUUUCGAUCGGCUGGCUACUACCACGUCAUGGCCGCAGGAGUUCUGGGCGAGCCAGCUGGGACCCUGCUUGAUCGGGAGGCUCAGGCAGCAUACCGGAGAAUGACCGAUGGUGAAGCCGUCGAUUAUGACCUUGUUGAAGCUGGCAAUCCUCAGACGCCUCAAUAUUACAUUGGAGACUCACUGGGUAUGGUUCAGGGAGUACCAAAGGUCCGUGGAAACACACCCCAAGGUGGUCGGAAAGGUUGGGUAACCACAUGGUACACUGGCUGACCCCCACCAAGAAGACCAAUCUGCAAAUACAGGAGAUGAUAGUGCUGGAGCAGUUUUUGCCAUGUGGUCAGCACCAAAACCCAAGCAUGGAUACGGCACCACAACCCCGACACCCUGGAAGAAGCUGUGAAACUGGUAGAGAACAUUGAAGACUCCCCUCCUCAAAAAACCUCCUCCUCGACCCCACCUCCCUCCAGAGCUACCGUUCUGUCUCCCUCCUACCCUUCCUCUCCAAAACCCUCGAGCGGACUGUACACCACCAGCUCUCUGCUUUCCUGUCCAACCACUCUCUUCUCGACCCUCUCCAAUCUGGCUUCCGCUCUGCUCACUCCACUGAAACCGCCCUCCUGUCUGUCACCAACUCAUUAAAGUCUGCCCGAGCUGCCUCUCUCCUCUGUCCUAAUUCUCUUCGACCUCUCUGCUGCCUUUGACACGGUCAAACACUCUAUUCUACUAUCAUCUCUCGCUGACCUGGGGAUCUCUGGCACUGCUCUGGCCUGGUUCUCCUCCUACCUCUCCAACCGCACUUACCAGGUAACCUGGCGUGGAGCAACCUCCACACCUCGCCCUCUCUCAACAGGAGUCCCCCAAAGGUCAGUCUUGGGUCCUCUCCUGUUCUCUCUCUACACCCGCUCCCUGGGCCCCCUCAUCGCAUCCUAUGGUUUCUCAUACCAUUUCUAUGCUGAUGAUGCUCAGAUUUUCCUCUCCUUCCCCACCUCUGACUCCACCAUCCCCUCCCGUAUCUCUACCUGUCUGUCUGCUAUCUCCUCCUGGAUGCACUCGCAUCACCUCAAACUCAACCUCUCUAAAUCUGACCUCCUUUUCUUUCCCUCCUCCUCCUCCCCCUCCUCUGAUCUCUCUAUCUCUGUUCCUCUGGAAUCUACCACACUCCCUCUUCCUCCGCUAAGAACCUCGGAGUCACCCUGGACCCCUGCCUCUCUUAUUCCCAGCACAUCUCCACUCUGGCACGCACUUGCCGAUUCUUCCUGAGCAACAUCCGAAGAAUCCGACCCUUCCUCACCAACUAUGCCACCCAGCUCCUGGUCCAGGCCUUGGUACUCCCCCUCCUAGACAACUGCAACUCCCUCCUGGUUGGCCUCCCUGCGUCCGCCACCCGUCCGCUCCAGCUCAUCCAGAACUCUGCUGCCCACCUGGUCUUCUCUCUGCCUCGCUUCUCCCACGCAACUCCACUACUCCGCUCACUCCACUGGCUCCCGAUCACCGCUCGCAUCCAGUUCAAGACUCUUGUACUAGCCUACAGAUGCCUUGACCAGACUGCACCCAGCUACCUCCCUACACCCCCACUCGACCUCUCCGCUCCGCCUGCAGACUGGCUCUACCUCCUCUACGCUCCCCUGCCUCCAGAGCCCGCUACUUCUCCACCCUCGCUCCGCAGUGGUGGAAUGACCUUCCUACAGAUGUCAGGACUGCCCAGUCCCUGACCACAUUCUGGCACCUCCUUAAGACUCACCUCUUCAGACAGCACCUGUAAAACUCCUCUGUUUUUCCCCUGGGACACUUAUCAACCUUCCUUAAAUGCGCUUUACUUGCUCUUAUCUGCCCCCUAUUUCACUGCAUUUAAUCCUGUACUUCAGAGUACUGUAAUCUGCCAAGUGUUUAAUCUGUAGUAUUUUGUAUUUAAUCAUAUCCUGAUGUAACUACCACUGACACUGUUAUCUGCUGUAUUAUUGAAUUGUAUUUUGUCACACUUGUACUUGCUUGAACCAAAGUCAUUGUAUUUAUCUUGCUCUUAAUUGUAUUAUUACUUGUAAUGUGAUACUUGAAAUGUAUUUGCUUACGAUUGUAAAUUGCCCUGGGUA